AUGGCUUACCUGCUCUUGGAGACUCUGGAGGAACUGGAACAGAAAGACCUCAAAAAGUUCAAACUUUAUUUGAAUGGAAAUGUAAUGGAAGGAUAUAAACCCAUUCCAAGGUGUCAGCUGGAGGGAAAGGAUGUGACUGACAUUGUUAUCAUCAUGUUGGAUUCCUAUGGUGAAGAGAUGUCCCUCAAAAUCACACUGGAGUUCCUGAAAAAAAUUCCACGAAAUGAUCUCAUUCAGAGACUGGAGGAAGACCAAGAAAAAAAUGACUGCAUAAUAAGAGAUCAACAGACACUGAAAACUGACCUGAAGAGGAAGUAUGAAUGCAUAUUUGAAGGUUUAGCAAGGCAGGGCCAACGAUCCAGUCUCAGUAAAAUCUACACAGAGCUCUACAUCACAGAGGGGGGAAAUGGGGGGAUCAAUAAUGAACAUGAGGUGAGACAGAUUGAGACAGUAUCAAAGAUACAAAUCACAGAGGAGACUGCAAUCUGCUGCAAUGACAUCUUUAAACCUUUACCUGGUCAAACAGAGUCUAUCAGAACUGUGCUGACAAAGGGAAUAGCUGGCAUUGGAAAAACUGUUUGUGUGCAGAAAUUCAUUCUCGACUGGGCAGAAGGAAAAACCAAUCAGGACAUUAGCUUCAUCUUCCUUCUUCCUUUUCGAGAUUUGAAUUUAAAGAAGGGGAGUGAAUUUAGCCUAAUACAACUUCUUCAGGACUACUUUCCAGAACUGGAAGAGAUUAGAAGUGUAGUACAAAGUAGACAAGUGAGGGAGGAAGUCAAAGUUUUGUUCAUCUUUGAUGGUCUGGAUGAGUGUCGUCUUCCUCUAGAUUUUGAGAACAAUGAGAUCUGGUGUAAUGUUACAAAAUCAACAUCAGUAGAAGUGCUGCUGACAAACCUCAUUAAGGGGAAUGUGAUUCCAUAGUUCUUCAGGAAGAGAAUCAAUGAUCAGAACCUGGCCAGCAGAAUUAUCUCACACAUUAAGUCAUCCAGGAGUCUCUACAUCAUGUGUCACAUUCCAGUCUUCUGUUGGAUUUCUGCUACUGUCCUGGAGACAGCAUUAUAUGGAUCUGACAGUGGAGAAAUUCCCAAAACUCUGACUGGAAUGUACACACACCUCAUGCUCAUUCAGACUAAUGUGAAGAAUGUAAAGUAUCAUGGUACCAAGGGGACACACUCAAAGAAACUGUCAGUGUCAGAUACAGAAAUCAUCCUGAAACUGGGGCAACUGGCUUUUCAACAGCUUGAAAAGGGAAAUAUGAUAUUCUAUGAAGAAGACUUGAGAGAUUGUGAUAUUGAUGUCAGUGAGGCUUCAGUGUACUCUGGCGUGUGCACAGAAAUCUUCAAAGAGGAGUGUAGGUUGUAUCAGGAGAAAGUCUACUGCUUUGUGCAUCUGAGCAUUCAGGAGUAUCUGGCUGCCUUGUUUGUGCUUCUUUCUUUUGUAAACAAGAACAAAAAUCUUCUCAGACCAGAUGAAUCAAAACCUCAGAGCGAGAGAAUGCAGCUGUUUGAUUUACACAGGAGUGCAGUGGAUCAGGCUUUACAGAGCAAGAAUGGACAUUUGGAUCUCUUCCUUCGAUUCCUUCUCGGUCUGUCACUGGACUCCAAUCAGCUCCUUCUCCAAAGUCUUCUGACACAGACAGGAAGAAAAUCACAGAGCAUUAAUGAAACAGUAAAGUACAUCAAGGAGAAGAUCAGAAAAGAACCUUCAGCAGAGAGGACUAUCAAUCUGUUCCACUGCCUGAGUGAACUGAAAGACAACUCGCUGGUGGAGGAAAUCCAGGCUUUACUGCAAUCAAGAACACUUACAGAUAAAGAGCUGGAACCACACCAAUGUUCAGCUCUGGCCUUUGUGUUACUGAUGUCAGAGGAGGUCCUGUGUGAGUUUGAUCUGAAGAGGUACAAUACCACAUGGCGAGGCCAUCAGAGACUAUUACCAGUAGUCAAGAACUGCAGGAAAGUCAUACUAGACAACUGUAAUCUCACACAGGAGUCAUGUGAUACUGUGGCUUCGGCUCUCCAGUCAGUUGCCUCACACCUGAUAGAGCUGCACCUCAGCUACAAUAACCUGGGAGAUUCCGGAGUGAAGCAGCUCUGUGCUGGACUGAAGAGUCCAAACUGUAAAUUACAGAGACUGGAACUGGACAGCUGUAAUCUCACAGAGGAGUCAGGUGACACUGUAGCUUCUGCUCUCCAGUCAGUCCCCUCACACCUGAUAGAGUUAGACCUCAGCUACAAUAACCUGGGAGAUUCAGGAGUGGAGCAGCUCUGUGUUGGACUGAAGAGUCCAAACUGUAAACUACAGAGACUGAGGCUGUCAGGCUGUCGAGUCACAGAGAGAGGCUGUGCUUCCCUGGCUUCAAUUCUUUGUUCAAACCCAUCACAAUUGAGAGAGCUGGAUCUGAGCUACAAUCAGCCAGGGGAUGCAGGAGUGAUAGCACUCUCUGCUGGACUGGAGGACCCCAGCUGUAAGCUGGAGACACUUCUUUUGAGGGAGUGUAAACUUACAGAGGGCUGCUGUGAUGAUCUGGCCUCAGUCCUAUGUUCACCCCAUUCAGAGCUGAGAGAUCUGGAGCUCAGAGACAACAAUCUACAAGAUUCAGGAGUGAGAGCGCUCUCUGCUGGACUGGAGGACACACACUGUAAACUGCAGAGACUGGGGCUGUCAGGCUGUCAAGUCACAGAGAGAGGCUGUGCUUCUCUGGCUUCAGCUAUAUGUUCAAAUCCCUCACACUUGAGAGAGCUGGAUCUGAGCUACAAUCACCCAGGGGACUCAGGAGUGAGAGCGUUCUCUGCUGUACUGGAGGACCCUAGCUGUCAACUGCAGACACUGCUUGUGGACCAUGGAGGAGAGAGCAGGAACAAACCAGGACUAUGUAAAUAUGUUUGUCAGCUCACACUGGACCCAAACACAGCACAUAGAUGUCUAUGUCUGUCUGAGGGGGACAGGACAAUGAUUUGGGGGAAGGAGGAGCAGCUAUUUCCUGAUAACCCAGAGAAAUUUGACUCCUGGCCCCAGGUGCUGUGCAGAGAGGGUCUGUCUGGGACUCGUUGUUACUGGGAGGCUCAGUGGAGUGGCAGUGGGGGGGUUGAUAUAGCAGUGACAUAUAAAGGAAUCAGCAGGAAAGGACUGGGUCCUGACUGUAGGUUUGGACUGAAUAUGAACUCUUGGAGUCUGUACUAUGCUCAUGGGCGUUACUCUGCCUGGCACAAUAAUAAGCGAACAUACAUACCUGUGCCCCCCUCCACCUCCCGCAGAAUAGGAGUGUAUCUGGACUGGCCGGCUGGCACUCUGUCCUUCUACAGCGUCUCCUUUGACACACUGACCCUCCUGCACAGAUUCCACACCACCUUCACUCAACCCCUCUAUCCUAGGUUUUGGGUUUACGAGUCAACAGUCUCCCUCUGCCAGCUGGAGUAG